AUGCAGACACUGCUUUUGGGGUUUCACGAGUACAUGUUCCAGAAGGAUGAAUACUGCAUCUUUAUCCUGGGCCUGAACAAUGCUGGGAAGAUAACCUUCUUGGAACAAUCCAAAACAUGGUUUAACAAGAACUACAAGGUGAUGAAUCUAUCCAAAAUCACCACUACUGUGUGUUUAAACAUUGGCAGUGUGGACAUGGGGAAGUCUCGUCUCAUGUUCUGGAACUUAAGUGGACAAGAAGAGCUACAGUCUUUGUGGAACAAGUACUGUGCAGAGUGCCGUGGCAUCGUCUAUGUCAUAGACUUCACUGAUGAGGAGAGACUGCCAGAAUCCAAAGAGGCAUUUGAGAAGGUGGUUUCAAGUGAAGCACUGGACGGUAACCUCGUCCUGGUGUUGGCCAACAAGCAGAAUGUGGAGACCUGCCUCACCAUUCGUGACAUCAAGACUACAUUCAGUGACCAUACCUGCAAGAUUGGCCAACGAGUCUGUCUGACCCAGGUUUGCUCUGCUCUCACAGGCAAAGGAGUUCCAGAGGGCAUCGAAUGUAUCAUGAGGAAGGUUCACCGGCCACCACAGCAGAAGGACAUCACAAAAGCACUGUCAACUUCACAGUCUUGGGACUAUUCAUCCCAGGUGUUGGAAGAGUACUCCCUGCUGGCUGUGUGCCACCAAUGCUGGGGUUGA